AUGAUCGUAAGGACGGCCAUGAGAACGGUGGAGGACCGCUUUUUUCACCCCCAAGCCUGUUGGGCGUGCUGUCAGUACACCUCGAGACGUCAUGCAGGCAACAAAGACUCCACCAGCUCUCGAUGCUUUUCAUCAUCAACAUGUCCUUUUGCGACUCUGGGGAUCAGCCAAAAUAGCAGUCUUGGGGCGGUGAAGGCGGCUUAUCGAGCAAAAUGUCGCACACAUCACCCUGACUUUGGUGGCAGUGAGUUGGGGUUUUGUGCCAUCAAAGAGGCCUACGAGGAGUGUGCCAGCCGUAUGCGUGAGCGAAGCAAGAAGUGUCAUGGUACAUUUUCUAGGAAGGGAGUACAUGGACCAGCUCCGGAGCCUGAAGAGGAAGCAGAGAAUGGAAAAUUUUGGCGGCAGUCAGAUGCCUGGUACGAAUCUCACGCCAAAUGUCUUCAAAAGCAACGAAAAAUGUUUUACAGUGCAUUUCCAUAUGCGAAGACAAUUGAUGAAAUGGAUGAGCUCUUUCGUCGGCUCUGGAUAGUCACUGGCUCGUCACCCAUUGACCCGGGUGAACCGUUGGUGCUCGCACUAAAACACUAUCAUGUAGUGACUGGUCACGGUGGUCAACAUCUGCACAGCUGCUUCACCACCAUCGACCAAUGGGGGAAGAGUUUACUGUAUCUCGGGCAGGGGCUACCAUGUAUCAUAUUUUGCUGCUGCUGCUCUACACUGAUGGCCCUACGCGGGGGCUGA